AUGCCGAUAACUCGAGAUCGAGGUCCAGCUCUGGAGGAACGAAUCCUUGUCCAAGACACUUUUGCCUUCCAAGAAGAACAAUUCGUGCCUAUCUACUGUAAACCCAAACUCAUUCCGCUCAAGACCAUCACCAUGGAGAAAAUCGAGAAAAUUCAGAGGGAAGCCCAGCAGAAGAUACGUGAAGCCGAGCUCCUUCAGCAAGAACAACAGGUAUGAUUCAUAUGAUGAAGUUUAAUAUUUCUAUAGAAGUUUUUCGCAUGAGCUCCGGUUUUUUUUUCUUGAAAUCGAUGUGUGUGUUACUUUAGAAUAAAAAGACAUUUUAUUUCAGACCUAUUCCAAAAGUUUUCCGUUGAUAUUUGGGGGAAAAAAAACAGUAAAAAACCCAAGCACAUAUUUCUAACACUUUUGGGUCGAUUCAGUCCCUUUUCUUUGAUUUUUGAAGUUGAUUACCUCUUUUCUAUAAGAUGAAAAAAUCCAGAAAAUCAUAUUUUUUCCAUGAUUCUCCAUUUUUCGCGCAUUUUUAUUUUUCUUUCAAGGAAGGAGAAGAAGAGGAGGACCGACCUGAGGACUCCGAACAGCCUGUCACACCUGCGGCCACUGACAAACCUGCAGAUGUCUGGACGGCCGACGAUUGA